AGGUUACUGGUCGUUUACUUUCGAUAUUAACUGCAUUGGACCUGAGAGCCGAAGCAUACUCUUCUUAAAACUCUGGACUAAAUCACCAAAAAUGAGAGCACUCAUCACUUUUGCCCUGUUCUGUGUGCUGUACGUCACUGUACAAGGGAAAACAUCCAGCCCCAAGGUCCAGGUGUACAGCCAUUUUCCUGGAGAGUAUGGAAAGGAGAACACCCUAAUCUGCCAUGUCAGUGGCUUCCACCCUCCUGAUAUCACCAUUGAACUGCUGAAGGAUGGCGAGAUUCUCCCAAAUACCCAGCAGACUGACCUGGCCUUCGAAAAGGGCUGGCAGUUUCACCUUACCAAGAGUGUCACUUUCAAACCAGAGAGAGGACAGAACUACGCCUGCAGUGUUCGACACAUGGGCAAUAAAAAUGUCUACUCUUGGGAGUCCAACAUGUAAAGCUAAAACAGUCAAAGGCGGAGAAAGGACGGAUAAUUUCACAUGUUUUGGACUUUUUCUAUCAUCUACAGAAACAAAAAAAUCCUGCUAUUCAAUAUUACAAACCUGAUGUUGCUCAAGAAGCACUAUUCAUACAGCAAUUCCGCAAUUCAUCGAUUUUAGCUUUUUCUUGAGUUACCAUCUUUUUCUUCAUGAGUGUAAGGAUCAUUUAACCAAAAUAGCUGCUACAUGUUUUUGAAUAAGUUUUGAUCAGUUUCCGGGUUCUUAUACUGUUUCAUUCCUCUCUGUGUAACUUCUGUGUAGUUUUCAAUAGUGGGCAAUAUCUCUGCCUAUUUUGGGGCUUUAUUUUGUAAUUAAAUACAAAUUUCACAAUCAAUUUUCUCUUUAAAACAAAUAAGACUAUUGCAAACUGGGUAUUUAAUUAAUAUGGAUAAUUCAAAUUUGACACCUUUCAGAGAAAUGUCAUUCUAAGUGUCGAAAAUAAAGUUUAGAAAACCUAA